ACCGCACGUGGUACUUCCGGUAGGCGCGAGCAUAUCAGGCACAUGUGUACUAUUCACGUGUUGGUGGUAUUUCUGCUGUUUGAUUGCUGAUAAGAUGCUGUAAUUUCGUAUCAACUAACGAAAUAAAUAGUUUUCAAGUACUCUCGAGGGUGGUGAGCAGUCACUCAUCAUGACGAAGUUAUUCAUCCUCUACGAGCACGCGGCGGGGUACGCGGUGUUCAGUGUGAAGGAGUUCGAGGAGAUUGGGAUGCUGUUGCCCCAGGUGGAGGCAUCAGUAACAGAUCUGUCUCGUUUCCAUGCAAUCGUUAAACUCGUGGGUUUUUCCCCCUUUAAAACCGCCCUGGCAGCAUUGGAGAGCAUCAACAGCAUCUCCGAGGGUAUCGUCCCCGAGGAUCUGAAGCUGUUCCUGGACAUGUGCAUACCUAAAUCCGAGAAGAAAUCAAAAUAUACUUUGGGGGUAUCAGAUCCAAAGCUCGGUGCAAGUAUAACCGAGGCCUUGAACAUAAAAUGCGAUCACACCGGUGCAGUUCCUGAGAUAAUCCGAGGUAUUCGCUUCCACUUCCAUCACCUGGUGAAGGGGCUGACAGCGCAGAGCUCAGGUGUUGCCCAGUUGGGUCUGGGUCACAGCUAUUCCCGAGCUAAAGUUAAAUUCAACGUUAACAGAGUCGAUAACAUGAUAAUCCAGAGUAUCGCCUUGCUAGAUCAAUUGGACAAGGACGUAAACACCUUCAGCAUGAGAAUUCGCGAGUGGUACAGCUACCAUUUUCCAGAGCUCGUUAAAAUUAUCCCCGAGAACUACACCUACGCCAAAGUGGCUAAACUGAUAAAAGAUAGGAAAGAGUUGAACGAUGAGAAGCUGGAGGCACUCGAGGAGAUCGUAAUGGACAGUGGAAAGGCGCAGGCUAUCAUCGCAGCCUCGAAGUCAUCCAUGGGAAUGGACAUAUCCCCAGUUGAUCUCAUGAACAUCGAGAUGUUCGCUGGACGAGUGAUAGCCCUUGCUGAUUACAGAAAACAACUGGCUGAGUACCUGAAGACGAAGAUGAGUGGAGUUGCUCCCAACCUGGCAACCCUCAUUGGAGAUCAGGUUGGAGCUCGUCUGAUUGCUCAUGCUGGAUCGUUGACGAAUCUGGCAAAAUACCCUGCGUCAACAGUGCAGAUUCUGGGGGCUGAGAAGGCCCUCUUCAGGGCACUCAAGACCAAGGGCAAUACUCCGAAGUACGGGCUUCUCUUCCACUCGACUUUUAUCGGAAGGGCAGGUACCAAGAACAAGGGGAGAAUCUCCAGGUAUCUCGCCAACAAGUGCUCCAUUGCUUCCAGAAUCGAUUGCUUCACUGACAUCCCCACCACAGUCUUCGGGGAGAAGCUCAGGCAGCAGGUCGAGGACAGGCUCAAGUUCUACGAAACUGGGGAUAUACCCAAGAAGAAUAUCGACGUCAUGAAGGAAGCUCUGGAGGAAGCGGCUCUGGUUGUUGGAAGUCUAGAGGAGAAAACGGUGGAGAAUGAGGAGUCGAGUAAGAAGAAGAAGAAGAAAGCCAAGAAGAGGAAGAAUGAGGACGCUGGGGAAAAUGGGGAAGUCAAUGGCCAGGCCAACGGGGAGGAGGUAAAUGGAAAGGAAGAGCUGAAUGGGGAUGCCGAGGAGGCACCUCCUAAGAAGAAGAAGAAAAAGAAGUCCAAGAGCAUUACUGAGUAAUUUUUUUUUUCAUCCCUUCGUGAUAUAUAAAUACAUUUUUGAUCGACCCUGUGGGGAAGUGAGAUAAAUCAAUUUUUGCAAUUAGCAGAGAUGAAAAAUAUAUCUGGAGAGAUAUUAACGAGGGAAAAUAGUUUUUUAAAAUAAUUCUGACUUUAUUAAGGUACAAUAGGUAAACUUUGACAGGCAAAUGAAACAAAGACUUUGAGUUCUCCAAUUCCAAUUGAAACUAUAAGUAUAUAUUAUAUAUUUCGUAAAGAUCUCUGGUAUCAUUUUGAAAUUCUUUUCUCUCACCAGGAUUUCAGGGAGAUGUAAUGAAUAAAGAAAUCCUCAAUGCGUUACACCUCCUUUGAUUAUCCUGAUAAAAAUAAUUGAGGAUGAAAAAAAUGCAACGACACUUAACACCAGCACCAAUGAGCAUUUUUAAUGAAAAAUAAAAAUAAAGACUAUCGACAACAUAACUACAACCACAGAAUUGAAUACAAUGGUAUAAACAGAAUGUCUUCAAUCGAUACGAAAAAAUAAAAUUCGUUUAAUGAUUA